AGCCAGCACGGAUGAACGUUGAACAGAUUCUCAAAGCUCAUUCCGUCCCUAUCGCGGAGGAGACGAUGGUCUGCUUUGACCCCCCGGCUCCGACGGUGAAGGGGCGGAGCUGUUCCCGCAAGCGCCACCGGUUUGUUCCCAGACUCUUGUCAGUGGGACGGAGUGUUGGGCUACCAACCAGGCAAACGCUUCGCGGCGGCUCCUCUUGUUGCUCUUCUAGAAAAACUCUGGUCAAUUGCGGAGAAAGCAUCGGCUUCGGAGUUUCAGCUGGGAGAGGGGGCGGCCCCCAGUCAGUGGGGUAGAUUUUUGUUUUCGCAGGGGGCCCUGCGAACGAUGCGGGACAACUGAAGAACCCGGUCUGUUUUGUCAGGAGUUGGGGAGGCCGCAACACGCCCCGACUAGUCCCUUCCUUGUGUUUGUGAAUGAACCACGUGGCAGUGACUCACCCUCCAGGACCAGAUCUUUAGAGACGCUGCCGGGGGCGCCGGUUCUCUCUUUUUUUCCUUCCCUUGCCCCGACCGAUCGCCGCUAGGGCCGGCCCACCAUGGUGGGAAUUCGUCGCUCCCUAUACAACCUCACGGCCGUUUGUUGCUUCCUCGCUGGAAGCCUCCUGUCUCUGCCAGGAGAUGGGAAGAAUGGAUCAUCUGCUUCAUCCAGCGCAGUUUCUCCGUUCACGCUUCCUCACACUGAGGCUAGAAGCUUCCAAGCCACUGAAACUAGUAGGGAUGAUGCUAUCACAAGUACCCUACAAGUUAGUGUCAGCAGCAUUGGUCAACCGGAUUAUCUGACCACUACUACACCUGGAUAUUUGAAUACCACAGCAAGGAUACAGACUCAGACUGCAAAUAAUGCCUCUAAUAGUAGCACUGAUCCUUCUUUAUUUCUUACUCCAACUACAAACUUACCGGAAUCUAAUACGUUUGGCCUGGAUGAUGACAGAAGAUACACCAGUACCACAUCCUUGCUGACUGCCAGCACUAAGGCUACAGACAUUUUGCAAUCAAAGGAGACCCAAGGAACUUCAGCUGCUUCCCAGCCAAAAUCAUCUACGUUCAUUACCACGGGGCCAGCAAAAAAUACUCCACCAGUCAUGGACCAUAAAGUUUUAACAGAAGAGAACGCUAUUGCUUCCACAUCAUCUCCAAGGACUACUAUUGGUGAACAAGUGAUCACAAUAACAACAUCCAAUACUUCUCGAUCAGUAACGUUUGAGGUUGCCUCCUCUACUCUCUUACCUCACAAAAUCCUAUCAGCAGAGACAGAGCAACCAACUAAACAUGAACACAAGACAACUGCAUUUGAUGUUGGAAACAAUCAAGGUCUGCCCAGUAUACCAGUAGUCAGUCCAAUAGGAAAGGAUCCCCUGGUGAUUGCUGUUGUUGUAAUUUUUGUUGUGACAGUAGGGAUUCUGACUCUCCUGGGUUUCUUGAGGUAUCGACAACGUAGUAGUAGACUACGGUUUAGACGUCUCCAGGACUUGCCUAUGGAUGACAUGAUGGAAGACACACCUCUUUCCCUCUACAGCUACUAAACAAUUGAAAGACAAACAAACAAACAAACAAACAGAACCUAUUAAAAGGCUACAAAGCUUGUAAAGGAUUCCAGCUGGGGAGCAACUCUGCAAUUUUGGAGCUGCUAUACUGACCUGCAAAUAACUAUAGAGUUGCAAGUCAAAUAACUUUACUUUUAAAAAAUGCUUGUCUUUUUUUCUUAUUUUUGAGAAUCAGCUUAACCAAGACCUUUUUCUCAAUACAUCUUCAUUUACUGUGACUGGAUACAUGCGA